AUGGCGCUCACGUUCUUGGUGUUACUACUGGUAUUUGCCCCUGUCGCCGUCAGCCAGCAAGAUUUUCUGAGCAUCGACUGCGGCCGUGACGCCAACUACAGCGGCUACACGGACAGGGAGACCGGCAUCUUCUACGUCUCUGACGGCUCCUACAUCGACGUCGGCGAGAACCACAGGAUAGCCGCCGAGCUCGCGGGCUUGUGGUCGGACCUCUAUCAAACGCUGAGGAGCUUCCCGUCCGGGCAGCGGAACUGCUACGCGCUGCCCACCGUGGCCGGGACCAGGUACCUGGUGCGGGCCUUCUUCGCGUACGGCAACUACGACGGCAAGAACAGCUCAUCGCUGCAGUUCGACCUGCACCUGGGGUCCAAUUACUGGGAAACCGUCUACCCGGAUCCAUGGAGAAACAAAGCGCGCGAGGCUAUCUUCGUCGCGUGGGCAGGCUGGGCGCCGCUGUGCCUCGUCAACACCGGCCAAGGCACGCCGUUCGUAUCUGUCCUGGAGCUCAGGCCGCUCGGGGCGCUCUAUCCGCUGGUCACACCCGGCCUCAUCAUAUCUAGAUAUAAACGGCUAAAUAUGGGUGGGAGCGAUUCAAUUAUACGGUAUCCUGAUGAUCCAUACGACCGUUUCUGGUGGCCGAUGGACAAUGCUAGCCCACGGUGGGUAAACGAAUCGACUACACGGCCCAUUCAGCUGGACACGAGCGAUUACGGCGCGCCCUCGCGCAUUCUGCAGACGGCCGUCGCGGCAUCGGGCAACGACACGGCGCUCACCGCCAUCGCCUGGCAAGCUGACAGUGACACGAGGCCCUACUCGCUUAUGAUACUCCAGCACUUCACCGACUUCCAGGAAACCCAGCUUCGGCAGUUUGAUAUCUUCAUCAACGAGAAGGAUGAGCCGGGGGCGAGGCAGGAACUCAAGUCGUACAGCCCCUCCUACCUGAGCUCAUCUUCAUCCCCCGUGUCCACUGUUGACUACAGGGCUACCGACGGCUACUACAACAUCACUCUUGUUCGAACCAACGCCUCCGCGCUGCCUCCGAUGAUCAAUGCGGUGGAGAUCUACGUUCGCGUCCCGUACGAGAAUCCGACGACGCUCCCUCAAGACUUUGACGCCAUCAUGGCUAUCAAAAUCGAGUAUGGAGUGAAGAAAAACUGGAUGGGUGAUCCAUGUUUUCCAACCAAAUAUACUUGGGAGGGCGUGAAAUGCAGCAAUCCAAGCGGUAACACAUCGAGGAUUACAUCACUAGAUCUCUCCAACAGCUCUUUGCGUGGCACAAUAUCUAAGAAUAUUACACUGCUCACAGCACUCGAGAAUUUAGAUUUAUCUUACAACCAGUUGAGCGGGCCAAUACCUGAUUCCCUACCAAGUUUGCCUUCCCUACGAGUUCUAAAUGUCUCUGGCAACCAGCUGAGUGACGAGUCCCUAUGUAAAAAUUAUACUGGACCACUUAUUUUCAGACAUGAUGGUGGCUCUGUAUGCAACAAACCUUCACCAAGCCCGUCAACAAAUAAAGUAGCUAUCAUAGCUAUUUCAGUAGUGGUUCCUGUGUUGGUAGUGAUUUUACUUCUUCUUGCAUAUUUCAUCUGGUGGGAGAAAAGAAAGCCUAAUGUGCAACCAGUCCCCAUACAUGGCCCAACAAGAGACUCAGAACCUGAUAAUGCUUCCGGAAGUAAAAAAAGUCAUGGGUACAACCUGAAUAAAACCGAGAAUCGCCAGUUCACAUACAAAGAGCUUGAGAAGUUCACUAAUAAUUUCAAGAAGUUCAUAGGACAAGGAGGUUUCGGGCCCGUCUACUAUGGCCGUUUGGAAGACAGAACCGAGGUUGCUGUCAAGAUGCGUUCUGAAUCAUCAUCACAUGGGCUUGAUGAAUUUUUAGCUGAGGUCCAGAGCUUGACAAAGGUGCAUCACAGGAAUCUAGUGUCUUUGAUUGGUUACUGCUGGGAGAAAGAUCAUUUGGCACUGGUUUAUGAGUACAUGUCUCAGGGCAGUCUUUUUUAUCAUCUGAGAGGUAAAAAUGGUGUUUCUGAAGCAUUGAACUGGAGGAAACGUGUACAAGUAGUGCUUGAAGCUGCACAAGGCUUGGAUUAUCUGCACAAAGGUUGCAAUUUGCCAAUAGUUCACCGUGAUGUGAAGACCAACAACAUUCUCUUGGGUCAAAAUCUGCAAGCUAAAAUAGCAGAUUUUGGACUUUCCAAGACAUAUCUUAGCGAUACACAAACUCACAUAUCAGCCACUGCAGCUGGCACAGCUGGUUACAUGGACCCUGAGUACUACCACACUGGAAGGCUCACUGAGAGCAGUGAUGUGUACAGCUUCGGAGUUGUUCUGCUUGAGGUAGCCACCGGCGAGCCCCCAAUAGUGCCAGGCCAUGGCCACAUCAUUCGGCGUGUUAAACAGAAGAUUGCCACUGGUGACAUCGGCUCAAUUGCUGAUCUGCGACUUGGAAGUGCCUAUGACAUCAGCUCCAUGUGGAAGGUAAUCGACACCGCAGUGAUGUGCACCGCGGAUUCUGCUGCUCAAAGGCCAACGAUGGCCACAGUUGUGAUACAGUUGAAGGAGAGCCUAGCGUUGGAGGAAACUCGUGAGAAGGACAGUAGCAUCAGGGCAAGCCGAGGGAGUGAUAUAGAAGCUAUGGUGUCCACAUUUCGUCCAUUGGCAAGAUGA